CGUAAGAAGUCGUUUCCGAUAUUACAAGGAAGUCCCGUGAUGUAAAUAGGAAACAAGAUUCUCCCUUUGGAAAAAGAGUUCACCGCCAAAAAGAAUGAGUGAGGUCACUGAGGACUCAGAUGUGGCAACCUCAGAAACUCAUUCCAAGUCGGACACACAUCUACAGAAUGGUGUAGUGAAGGGACACGAAAAACAGAUUAGUCAAGUUAACGGCCAAGCAACGGUGUACACAAAUGGUCAUGAUGCCAGCCCCGAGGAAAAACAUAAAGAGAAAGAAAAGGAAAAAGAGAGAGCAAGAGCUCCUUUGUUAAGUCAGGGGAGCAGUUAUAAAUCUGAGGACACUCCAACAAAUGCUGACACAACCAUUUUAGCAGCCUUGAGUGAAAAUGCCAAAAAUGUCCGCCGGGAAAAGAAACCCAGUGAUGGAGAUAGUGCUGAUUAUGACACUCAGUCCGACUCUAUCGAAACUCUGGAGGAAGAGAGCUCCCACGAGGACACGGUGAAUGACUUAAGUGACUCCCAGCGACAGAUGUCACUUACAAACCAUGAUGAUGAGUCAGAUGAAGUUUCAGAAACUGAUAUAAGGGAAACCACAGAUGAUUAUCCUACCCUUAAUGGUGUGUCGCGUCCAGAUAGUCUUUCAUUGCCAAGGCCACUACAGCAGGUGGAACGGGUUCGAAGCAGGAGCGAGGUUCAGAUCAAAUCUGUCAGCUGUGACCCAAGAGGUCAGCCAGACCGAGGAAGGACGCAAAGUGAAAUUAUUGAGAUUAACUCAUCGCUGAGGCGAAGAGAUGGCUUGGGUUCGGAUGAAUAUCUGUCCAAGAGUUUGCCUCAUGGAACAAUCAUGAGAAAGGGGGAGAUGAUUGAGUUUGUUGCGGAGGAUCUCCAGGAAAAAAUCAGAAGGAGCAGUCCAUUGUCUAGAACAGACUCAAGUUGCUACAGUAGCAGACGGUCAAGUUUGCGGAGUGUGUCCAGUUCUACGUCUGUGUCCACCUCAAUGGCCACUUCCACAGCGUCCGGAAUGUCCCGGUCACCCAGCAGUCUGUUCCAGCAGAGUCCAGAUGACAUUCCUCCAAUUGACCCUCAAGCUGUCCUUGAACUUGAGAAUCAGGCCCAUCUUGUUGCGGACAGCGUUGACCUUAUGAUGGGAAACUUGAAGGCAAAUCUCCACAAGAUGUCGUCUAUCACGAUUGGCUGUCUCGAUGCGUACCGGAGAUCGGUGGACGUCACUUGCGAGUCAGUGGAUGGGAGUAUUAAGUCGAUGUACGCUCUCAUGGCCAAAUGUGAGGAGCUCAGUACGAACAUGCAGCCAGUCUACAAGCUGGCAGAAAAAAUAAAGGAGAUCAAGCGUCUUCUGGAUCUGUUUGAAGCCCAGCUGGCUGACAAGACAUGAAUAACACACCCACCAACGUCUUCAGCUGCAUGAAAGUGGCAAUUGUUCGUCAUGACCUUCCUCUUGGUUUCCUGAUUGAGUUAAAGCUGCAGACUUCACCAAGCCUCAUAAUACACAGAACUGCCUUUGACUCCAAACUUGUAAUAGGGAUGAAACUUGUAGCUUGAAAGAAUUAGAAAUGAUUUAAGUACAUUCUAUUUAAUUUGAAAGAUUGAAGAGAUGUUGAUAUUUAAUAUAGUUUGAAGGUAGUGUGUUCAGUUCAGGCAACCAUGAUGUAAGGGGAGGUAACUUCAUUACAUAGUUACCUCCCUUGGUUGUUGACAUCUGAAGCCCUACUUUCUGUAAACCUUAGUAUCGACUUCAUCAUUUCACAGCUAUGAAUUAUCAGGUUGAUAAGUGUGGAGGGCAUUUAUUUUGCAGUCUUCCAAUUCAGCCUUUGAAGGUCACUGAAAAACAAUUGACAUUUUUCAUCAGGUAUCAAAUAUAUUUAGUAUGUGUAUUAUAUGGUGUGUAAACUUCAGGUGUAUUUCACAUCCUCUGUGAUCAAUGUAUACAUAAUAGCAAGAACUGGCAGAAACAACUAGUGAUUGUCAUUACAAGAAAUUUCAUAAUUUAACAGCCAUAUACUUAGCUAUGGUUUCUAAUAGAUGUAUAUAUAUGAAUAGAUGUCUGCGAUAAGCCUUUGUCAAACCACACCUCCAGCUCUUUGUGUAGAAUUGAUUGUGUCGAUCUCUAUUGAGCUUCUACAAGCUCCUAAAUGGUAGGGUAUGAUACAUCAGAAUGAGAUUACGUGCGGAGAGAUCAGAGAGGUUAAUUUAGAAAUGUCUACUCUGUAAGGAAAUAUAUAGGAAGUGGCGCUUAAUUUGUACCAGGUACACAUUUUAAAUCACACUUGACAUUAAAUAUAAGCCUCCCUUCACACUAAUUCACGAAACAUUUGAAGACAUUUUCUGUUAGCAAGUUAUAUGCUUGGUUAUGCUAAAGCUUCCAAGAUGUCCACAUUACCUUGUUUGUGCUGGCAUUGACUGUUCCCAUUGAUGGUCUGCAUGAUAUUUGGGAACUGCAAAGUUGUUUUAGCACUGCCCUGUAUAAUAACGAGAGUCCUACUUAUUGACCUUUCAAUGAAUGGUUCUGUACUUAACCCUCAGAAAGUAUUCCUGGUAUUCUUGGAAGAAGAAAAUCUCAGUAGCUUAUCAAUAUGUUUGCCAAAAAGCUUGCAGAGUUAUGGCAGACUCCAGCGGUCAGCCCUGAAUGUGUAGCCAUAUAGGUAUUUUUGAUGUCCACGAUGUCUAGAGCUGCUUCACAGAGCCGCCACACAGUCUAGACCUGCUUCACGGAGCCACAACAUCUAGACCUUAUUCACGGAGCAACAACAUCUAGACCUGAUUCACGGAGUCACAACAUCUAGAGAUGCUUCAGACCUUCAUAUGGAGCUGCUUCACAGAGGUAGAAAGUCGAGAGCUGCUUCACAGAGUCUUGACAUCUAGAGCUGCUUUAUGGAGACACGUCUAGAGCUGCUUCACAUAUGUACAAAGUCAAGAACUGCUUCACGGAUGUACAAAGUCAAGAGCUGCUUCACGGAUGUACAAAUUCUAGAGCUGCUUCACAGAGCGACAAAGUCUAGAGCUGCUUCAAGGAGCUAUAACUUUCUCACAUGAUAUUCAUGCUUCUAUAGACUUCUUACACUGUACAUCACCGGCCAUGAUCCACGCUGGCCAGUACAGCACUGUACGGUCUGUGAUGGCGUUACUCCAAGUAAAUGUAUCUGGUAAAUAUUUCUGCUUUUAUUGCUAAGCAAGGGUAGCUUAUGGAUGUGUAUUUCUAUAUGUAUUUAAUACAUUGAUCAGGGUGUCAGCAUUGGCAGGAUGGUGAAAUGCCGAUCAGUGAACUAACCAGGAUGAGACCACUGGGUAUGGUUGAAGCGUCCAAGGUCGUGUAUCACAAGUGUGAGGCUAGCUGUUUACGGGACUAAGACAUGAACUUGAAAUAAUAUAAUGAAAUAGAUUCAGUAUGUCACAAUUUACCAAUGUAUCAAUGUUUUAUGAAAACAGACUGGACGAUACUCUACACAAUACACCUGCCCACGUAUCAAUACAUGUUUUAAGGCAGUAUCAAUUUUCAAAAAGUAUUGUCGGGUGGUUACGACAUUUUGCAAUAGCCUGGUCUGAUGACUUCUCAGGUUAGUGUUAUCUAUUAUUGCAAAACAAAACGAUAAAUCUAAUUACACAAUACCAUAAGAACCAAUUAACCAGUCAAACAUUAAACAUUAACUGGUUAACUGAAACAUCUUGUUUGCUGGGUUACAUGGCACAUGGAGAAUUUCACUCAAAAACAUAGCAAACUAAACAUCGCAGAACAUAAUAUUUUGUGACUCAAGUAUCGCGAUAUGUAUCUACAUGAGGUAGGCCUAUCAGGACACGUAUAAACUGUAUGCACCAACAACAGGUUGUUAAUAUCACAUUGACACAAAUUUGUAGCACUAUUUGCAGAAACCGUAUUAAGGUCCGUAUUGGAUUUUAUGAGCAUAAACCUCAAGAGAGGGGACAGAUACUGUGAAUAUUAAUGUAAAUUACCAUAAAACACCACAUUAUUAUUCUUAUUAUGAUUGGUAAUAACUAUGUAGUUAUUUUUAUUAAUUGUUCUUUGACACCUUAAGUCUGUCAAUUUAUUUUGCUAAUUAUCAAAUUAUUUUCAAAGAUUAUAUAACAAUAAUUUAUACACUAAUUUUGAUGUCUCCCCAAGUGUGUACUCAUCCUCGAUUAUCCAGAGUAUUAUAUCUCCAUUCUGAUAGGAUAUGUUUACUGGGUUCAGUUGCUACCAUUGCUUUGUUUUGGGUCAGUUUCAAAUUAAACAAAUUAAAGCUCACUCUCUGGCUCUCUAUUCACCUUACAAAUUUCUUUCAUGAUUCAAAUAUGUUGUGUUAUAUCCAGUACUGUACUCACCUUGUCUCAAAUACAACUAGGAACGUCUUGAAGUAUAAGGACUCGUACAAGGCUGCAAUUUUGAAUGUAUGCUGCACUCCCAUGCAUGAAUAUGUGUUUUCACUGCUUUCUGAUAUCAAGUGCGAGAUAUUGUUAGCUUAGUUAGUGGUGAGAGUGAUGGGAUGGAGACAUCACUUACACUUGUGUAACAAAGCUAUUGUGAUAAAUUGGUCCAGGAUAUUUAUCCCAACAGUAUGGACAUAUUAUACCCUGGAUUACAGAGGAUGGUAUAAAGCCCUGUUUCUCCACAACCCUGUACAUAGGAACUCAACAAAUAUCUCAAUCAAGCGAUGAAGUGGAUGGUGAUAAGCACAAUGUUUCUGUAUCGUGUAUAUUAUAUGAGAAGAAAUAACAAUUAUGAUUCAUUAUUAUAGCCAACAUUCCAUUUGUAAUCUUUUCAUCAUAUUGUACAUAAUUAUAAAAUGGAUUAUCAAAUCUGCAUUUAAUCUUUCAAACUUUGAAAUAUGUUGACUGUAACUUUGUAAUCAUAUCAGGGAUUUAUCUAGACCUGCUCAGAGAUAACAAGACCCCAAAUAGGAAGAGGCGUAAUUAUACAUUAUUGCAUUAAACACAAUGUUAGAAUCACAGGAACUCGCUAUUGAUCAGCAAAAAAAACCUAUUUACCCCCUAUCCCUAUUUAUAUAUAGGUGGUAUAUAUUUUUAUUUACUUACCAAUAACAAGUUCCUGCAGUAUACCUCUGAAAAUAAGAACAUAAUUUUUUAUUUAUUUUUUUUAAAUAAUUAAGAAUUCCAAUUUGCUUUCCAAGGAUAUUAGUUUGGUAUCCUAGAUACAUCCCUGCAUAUAAGGAAUGUGGUGUUGCAACCAUAUGGAACCUGUCAACUUCAAGUUUUAAGUGUGAAUGCAGUCAUGUUUUAUGUUGAACAUAUUGAAUAUAUGUAAGUAAUUUGCUUUUACCAUUAAGCUAAAGCUUGGCAUUUAUCAAUUGUUAUGAAUAUUUACAAUCAUUACAUGUUAAAUGUGUAAAACAUUAAUUCUUUUCAUAAUCUAUCUCAAACUGUGCUAAUUCCAAUGUCUUAAGCCUAGGAUUGGAAGGUGCCCAAACACAGUGUUGCUCGAAAAGAUCAGAUGGUCGUACUGAGUGACUUGGUUGUUUUGCGUCAUCAUAAGAAGUCAUGGGACAUCAACAUCCUCAACCACUGGUUUGUCUGGCCUAGAUUCAAUUAUAUAGGGGCUGCUGUGACAUAGCUUGAAUAUUGCUGACUGCAGCUUCAAUCAACAAAUUAUUGUGUAGUUUUGUAAAUAUUUAUCGAUGAUAUAUAAAAGAUUAUGUGUAAGGGACAAGGCUAUUAUUAGUCAACUGUACAAUAGCCAAGUGAUGGCCGCAAUCAACCAGUGACACUUGGGUCUCUGACUACAUUUGAGAUGUGAUGUAACUGAAAUACUGUUCAAUGUAACAUCAAGUCCAACUCCUUUACCCACUGAGCAAACUCACAGGAGGUGGUUAGAACAGUCACCCAGCUGGUGGUGCUCCACUGUAUCUGAUCUCUUCAAUGUAACAUGAAGCCCAACUCCUUUACCCACUGAGCAAACUCACGGGAGGUGGUUAGAACGGUCACCCAGCUGGUGGUGCUCCACUGUACCUGAAGGCUUCAAUGUAACAUCAAGUCCAACACCUUUACCCACUGAGCAAACUCACGGGAGGUGGUUAGAACGGUCACCCAGCUGAUGGUGCUCCAUUGUACCUGAAGGCUUCAAUGUAACAUCAAGUCCAACACCUUUACCCACUGAGCAAACUCACGGGAGGUGGUUAGAACGGUCACCCAGCUGGUGGUACUCCACUGUACCUGAAGGCUUCAAUGUAACAUCAAGCCCAACUCCUUUACCCACUGAGCAAACUCACGGGAGGUGGUUAGAACGGUCACCCAGCUGAUGGUGCUCCAUUGUACCUGAAGGCUUCAAUGUAACAUCAAGUCCAACACCUUUACCCACUCAGCCACCUCCCAAGAGGUGGAUAGAUGUGAUGGCAUUCCACUGUACCCAAAGCACAUGCUUUUAACCAGUCAUCAGUAAACCAGAUGUUAAACAAGAUUCACCCACUCCCAAGUGUCUCGAGAGUAAGGUGUAAGAAAGAACUUAUGACAUUGUCUAGUCAUAUUUAGGUGCUUCAAAGUAGACUCAAUCAACUAAAAUAUUACUAUGUAAAUUCUUAUUUAUGUACGCAAUCUUUCACUUUUGUAAAUAAUUGUUAUUAAUUUGGUUAUUUAUCUUUUUGCUUUGCAUCAGCACAGUUAUGGUGAUGUGUGUGUAUUCAGUCAUGUGAAGAUGGUCUUUUUAUACUCAAGUUUAACAACAUUCAAGAUGGUCUCUGUGCUCUGUUCUACAAAAUGAUCACACUGCUACGAUUGUUGAAAGUGUAUUAAACAUGUUAAAGUAUAGGAGUUACAAUCACCUUAGAGCUAAGAUUGCUUUGUGGAACAGACCAUUGGCCCAGUUCCACAAAACGAUCGUAGCACUACGACAUACAUAAGUCAGUGCUAAAGAAUAGGAGUUACAAUCGACUUAGCGCUAAGUUGAUCGUAACUCCUGUAACUCCUAUCCCUUAACACUGGCUCUGAUAGUUGUAGCGCUAUGAUGGCUUUAUGGACUCUGGUUUGUCUAUCUUCACAACUAUUUAUCCACAAACAAACACCAUUAUUGGAUAAUAAUUCUGCCUAUACCACAUAUCUUCUGCUAUGAACGGAGAGUAGAGGUAAUGGACAUUGAUGGAAAUUGUAUAAACUAUUUUAACAUAUACGAGCAUCUUGUUUUAUUUCUUGUACAUAUAGGAACUCUGACAAUGUGUUGCUGUCUACAGUAUGACAGGACGGAUGUCAUCUGGCAGUGUUCAGGUGCUUUCAGAGUGAGGACAGGAAUAUUUUUAAAGUUAAAACACUGAUGGAUCUAAUUGUUAGGCUGUUAGCGUGUGUUAUUUUUGACUGAUUUGGUUGUGAACAGAUUGAGAGUUCUCCUCUGAUGCUCUGAUUUCUAUUAUCAAGGAAGCAUUGCUGUGCAAUAAAUUUCUUUGCAUGUGU